CUACUGCUGCUGCUGUGAAUUGUCACGGACGAGAGUUUUUACAUAACUUGCGCUGAGGAUUGUUGUUUAUUUUGUGCCGUUCCUCUUUGGUGCUUUCUACCGGGUGCUAGUGCAAGCAUUCCAGCAGCCCUUCUCUCACAAUCCAAUGGCUUCAACGAUAGAGAACUUUUACCAAAAAACGGCCACAGCAGCCAUGAAAGAUUGGCCGCGCGAUGCCGUACUGUACCAACCGUACGAGGAGGAACAGAUCCUGCUGGCAGAGAAUGCGAGCUGCCUGGCGGUACGCACCUACCUGAAAAUGCUCAACCUGCCGGUUGCGCUGGAGCAGCGGGCGAACGCCGAGUUCAUGUCGCCGGGUGGCAAACGCACCAAGCUGCCCGUCCUGCGGGUGGAAAACUUUAUCUACGCCGAGUUCGACCACAUCGUUACGUUUUUGGAGAAAAACUUUAACAAAUCGCUCAGCGCGCCGCUCACGCCCGAGGAGAAGGACCAGAUGCGCUCGACCAACUGUCUGGUGGAGCAUCUGUUCACCACGGCCGAGCAGUACGUGAGCUGGAUCGAUCCGGAGGUGCGCAACACGGUGACGAAGAAGCGCAACGGGUGCGUGUUCCCUUUCCCGCUCAACCACGUGCAGAACUGGCGCAAGGAGAGUGCGGUCCGGCGGCAGCUCCGUAUGGCGGACUAUCUGCACGAGGGCAUCGACACGAUUAUGGGCGAGGUGGACCAUCUGUGUCAGGAUUUGAGCAGCCGAUUGGGCGAUAAGCGGUACUUCUUUGGGGACAGCCCCACGGAACUGGAUGCUCUCGUGUUUGGACAUCUGUACAGCAUCUUCACGAUGAAGCUGCCGAACAACGUGCUCGCACUAACGAUUCACAAGUACAGCAAUCUGAACCAGUUCUGUAAAAACAUCGACGAGACGUACUUCAGCGUGAAGGGAAAGUAAUCUCCCGGAGGACGUUCUAUUUUGUUCGAAAAUACAUGUGAGUUGUUCUGAAUGUA